UGUUUCCCUAUCGCACGUGUGUAGUGAGCGUUUGGCAGCACUUUCCAACAUGGCUGCCUGCAGUGUGGAAGCGCUGUUAGCCAAAGCUGAGCAAGAAGAUGCCGAAAAACUGAAAAGCAUCUCCGUCCUGAAGGAGCUGGACCUGGAGUUUGACAUCGGGAACCUGCUGGCGUCCGACAAGAACCGCAUCGAACCUCGAGACUUCAGAGAUCAGAAGAAAGAUGAGUUUCUGCUGGCACUAGCUCGUGACAACACGCAGCUACUUAUCAACGAGGUCUGGAAACAACCCACGGAGAGGGUCCAGGAGGCGAUCGUGGCCAAACUACCAGACCCCACAACCCCUUUGCCCAGAGAGAAACCCCCUCCGAAGCCCAGAGCUCCCACCAAAUGGGAAGAGUUUGCCAAGCUGAAGGGGAUACAGAAGAAGAAGAAGACUAACCUGGUGUGGGAUGAAACUGCGAAGGAGUGGAGGAGACGCUGGGGCUACAAGAGGGUCAAUGAUGGCACCAAGGAGUGGCUGAUCGAGGUACCCGAGACCGCAGACCCAAACGAGGACCAGUUCGCCAAACGCACCACAGCCAAGAAUGAGAGAGUGGCGAAAAACGAGUUCAACAGGCUGAAGAACAUCGCCAGGGCGCAGAAAGUCAAAGUACCUGGUGUAGGACUGGCCACUAAAACUCAGCAGUCCAAAGAUGAGCUGUCAAGAGCUGUGAGUGUGGCCAGAACCUCCACAGCAUCUGCAGGGAGGUUUCAGGACACCCUGCCCAAAGAGAAACCCCUCAGGAACCAGGGCAAGAAAAGAAAGUUUGACCCUCUCAUUGGAGAUUUCUCUAACGAGAGGAACAAACAGCUGGAGCUGCUGAAGACUCUGGGCAGCAAGAAGCCCAAGCUGGACAUUACCAAGGCUGUGAACAAGCAGAUGAGAGAGGAGGACAGAGAGGAGGCCGCAGCCAAAUACAAGAAGGGAGCAGGGAAGAAAGGACGCAAAGGAAACAUGUCAGGAGGCAAAGGCAAAGGGAAGGGAGGGAAGGGAGGGAAGGGGAAAGGGGCUAGAGCUGGUGGUGGAGGAGGAGGAGGAGGAGGAGGAGGGAAUAAGAGGAGAGGUAAACCUGGGAAGCGCUGAGGACUGAGCCUUGGCAUCAGAAACAUUGGACUGGACUUGAGUGAUGGAAUAUAAAAUAACUGGGGUGUUAUGUUUGGACUGUGCUUUUUCAAUGUGCCUGAAAUCUGUCCACACAUCUGUAAAUAUCUGUCCCCGUACUGAUGGAAGCAGAGCGAUCUGUAAUGUUUUAUUAAUGAUACAUACUUAUACAUAAAUAAAAUAUGUGAUUGUUUA